GAAAGAAUAUUGCCACGCAGUAGUUAGUAAAACAUCACAUUCCACGUGGAAAAUGAAGCAACAUUCAAUAAGAAUCUAGAAUUUUUCUUACGAGUUACUUCCCCGUGAAAUCAUUAAUACUUUAGGGUAUUUUUCAUAUUUAUCUGCGCCGAAAUUUCAUAGUUUUGUUCAACGGCUUUAUUGUGUACCCGGUUAUUACGAUGGAGACCAUGUUUUACGAUGAGCCGACCCUUCUAACGACUGCAAGAAAACCGCCGAUGGGCUUGGAUAACUCGUCACUAAAAUUAAAUUUAUGCGCUGAUGGCAAAAAUCUGGACAUUGCUGCAAGAAGGGAUGAGCUAGGAUUUGGUGACUUGGCAGAUUUUCUGACUUCACCUGAUAUUGGGAUUUCAUCGCCUGACCUAGAAAAUUUAGUGUGGAAAGAAUGGAGCAGUACUUUAAAAACACCAGGAUCAUUACCAGAACAACAGCAUAUUAAACAAGAACACUGUGAAGACAAUGGCGUCACAAAAGAGCAAGAAGUAUUUGCUUUCGGUUUUACAGAAGCAUUGAAGAAGCUACAAGAAACAGAAAGGCAAGAAAUUGAGAUAAAUCAAGAGGAAAUGACUGGGGAUUCAUCAGAAUGUAGCGAUUCAGGAAGUCAGGAAGAUUCUUGUGUUGAACCAGAAAAUUGUGAUGCAAAAAUUACUUUCAUUUCCUAUACAUUCGACUCAAAUGAACGGCUACCAUCUUUUCAAGAAGCUUUCUCUAAAAUUAUCAUAAAAAAAUCAAAAGAAUCAGAAAUUUGUUUUCAAAUCAAAAUGGAAGCCAGCGAGGAUGUACCAUUGGUCGAACAAGAAACUGAUGACCAAAACAAUGAAGAGGAUAAUAAAUUUCAAAAAUGGAACACUAAUUGCGUCGAAAAGGAUAUUUGGGACAGAGUUGAAACAGUCGAUGAAGGCUUCUGUUCACGAGAAGAAAUGCAGGUUGAUUUAGACCAACAAAGCUACUUAGAAGUUCCAGGUAUUUCCAAUGAAUGUAGAAUAAAUCAGCCGUUGAAUUGGGAACAUUCCAACGACUUUAGUAUAAAAAAUAGCAAUUUCUUCAAAGAAAAGUCAACUGUUGACCAGCAUUUAUUGGAUGGCUUUAGUACAGAUCAUUAUAAUGAUGAAAACUAUAUUGAAAAUAUGAGAAGUAUUGGUAAUAUAGAGAAUAUAGGCAAUCACAAUCAUGUUACGCUAUAAGAUGAGUGUUUCUGUGAAUACAUUUCUCUAUGUACUCGCACCGAUACGAAAAACUUAUGAAGUUUCCCUCCGAAUACAGUGAGCUCAAUAUAUGAAACUAUAUGGAAAAAACCACUGUCGAACUAAUACAACCUUAAAAUACAGGUACAUUGUAAACUUAUUAAUAUGAUUCAUUACAUAAGGAAAAAACUGGUAAAAAAACAAAUGUUGUCUUGCAAAAUGACGUCUGCAAUUUCUAGAAUACAAUUUUUAUGUUUACCGUCCACAAUUUUUUAUAAAGCUUCUACUUGGUUGUACUGACAAUCAGUUAAUAGGAUGGUUGUUCUAUAGGCACAAAUGCAGGUAUAGUGCAGAAAUACUACUAUCAAACUAGAAUUGUUUGUAACUACCUUCAACGCAUCAAAGCAAUGUUUUAAGGCAAGAAAAAAAUCUUUUUAUUUUCCCUUGGGUAGAGUGGAGGCAAUUAUCUAGCGAUUAUCCUCAGACCGUUAAAAAAAAAAAAUCUCAUUUCCAUUGUUUUCUUAGUUUUUUCUCUAUUUGACUAUUAUACACUAUUACUACUACCCCUACCUUGAGAAACUGUUUCACGAUGUAGCGAAAAUUACCGUGUAACCUAAAAGAUAGAAUAAAUGAUAGCCAACGUGCUAUUAAAUAGACAAUAAAGAAAACGAUGGAUUAGGGUCUAGUAAUAUGCAUUAGUCAAAUUCACAUUUUUGCGCAAGAGUUUACUGUUUUCACCCUAUAAAGUUUACAUGGUAAUAGCAGAUAUCGGAGUAACACUCUAUUGCCUUUGAACAAUUCAGUGUUACAUUUGGGUCAGUCUCUAUACAGUUCAUUAUACCGACCCAAAUGCCGCGACUUGAAACAAUUGUUUGAAGGCAACAGAUUAGACUCCGAUAUCUGCUAUUGUACCCACGGAAAGAUAGUCGUUAAUAAACCCAUGAAGGAGAGCCUGACUUUGAGAAAAAUUAAAAUAGUUAAACGGUGUGGCUCUUGGGCUGUCAUUGCCCCCUCAUGAAGAGGCAUGCAUUUGAUUAUGUAAAAGUUUCCCAUUCAGAUAAUGUUGUAUCUUGAAGAUGUUUAGUAUUUCAACGGAAAAGGAAAUUUUAUGCAUUAAGUCAA